AUGGAGAAAACUCUACCACAACUAUUAAAAAUGUUGAGACAAGCAGAACAAAACAUGAGAUCAAAAGGGAAGUCGAAUCAAGUUCUAAUGAUCGGCAAUGGGAAUCACAAGAAGGGCAACAAAGGAAAGGGCGGAAAAGGGAAGGGCAAGGAAGUUGCCAAACCCAAACCUAACCCUAAAGCUUUGAAGCCUACUGGUGGCAUUGCAAAGGAGGGUAAGUGCUUCCACUGUAACAAGACUAGACAUUGGAAGUGGAACUGCCCAAAAUACCUGGAGGACAAGAAGAAUGGAAUAGAGAGUUGCAACUCAGCAGGGGUUGCAAAGGAGUAG